AUGCCGUUCACUACAGGUACAAGAGCACUUGAUCUGACUAUCAGAACGGACGCUGUUCUCGAUCAUGAGAAAAAAUUCACUGAAGGUGAAAGGGUACACGGUUUAACUUGUAAAAUGGACUACUUGCUGAAUGCGUACGUCUUCAAAUAUAUUCCUUUCGAACUGUCAAAGGAAACUCAGAUGUCGAUAACGUCGAAAGCGAUGGACGUUAUUCGUAUCGCUGAUUGGUUUUGCAAGGCUCAAGAUCCAAGAAAGCUGAUCGAUAAUCAUCCGAGUUUUAUGAUCGCUGAGGGCAUCUUCCUACUGCUUUGUAUUCUUACAUUUUGUCACGCAUAUCGUCACGGAGGUCGUUAUUUGUAUACGUGGAUCGGUACGACAAUCACAGCAAUCAUUUGCGAGCAUGUAAGAUUUGUGGAUGAAAAAGCAGAUGUGAUAUGGCAUGCACAGGGAUUACUGACGUUUUGUGGAAUGCGAACCCCCCUAUACGCUAUUUUUGGUCUAUAUCAAAUGCUCAUUUACACUGCAUACGUUAUCACCAAAAGGAUGCGAUUACCGCUUCUGGCCGAAGGAGUGUUAUGUGGAUUAUUAAUCGUUAUAAUUGAUGUUCCUCUACAUCUAGUUGGUGUGAAGUUGUUGUGGUGGCAAUGGCGUGAAAAUGAUCCUACGAUGUCUGAGCGAAUAUAUUCAGUGCCGUGGAAUAUGUUUCUAUUCGAUAUGAUUUUGGGCAAUUGGUUCAUGAUGACAAUGAACUUCUGCAGACGUCUACUUCUACCUCAGAAAUACGAUUGGAAGUUAUUCGUUCGUGAAUUUAUGUGUGUUUUGAUUGCUGUUGUCAUUGCGUUGUGUAUCGCUUUUGGGCACUUCAUGGCAAUUUUAUAUGUACUGCACGAUUUCCUUCAGAUUUCGGUUUGUGUGCUGACAUUAGUUGGGAUGGCAAAGUGUGCGAUUAUCGUUUAUGUUGCCGAUAGACACAACAAAAAUGCAGAUGCACGCCCCACCCGAGGCGAAAAAAGAUAUUGGUUCGAUGAGUUGGCGUGUGCGAUCUUCAUUCAUUACUUGUUUUAUAUGCUACUGGUCAUUGCAACGCGUCCUGAGAAUGUGGUUUCUGAAGGUUUGCAUCAACCGAUUGGCCAGUGCAAUAUUACCGAAACGCUGAACAAACCUUUUGGAAUGGUGCAAAAACGACAGAAAUAUAUUUGUCGUUACGACGAACAUUCGGACUAUUUCGAUUUUCAUUGUUUGCCGAGUGGACGUGCACCGAAGCAGAUUGAUGAUGGUCCAUUGGAGUGGUACAUUAUAUGUGGCACUCCAUUCGCGAAUCGUUUGGAAUUCGCGGCUAUUAUUUGGAGUUGGUCGAUAUUAGCGAUGAUGUUGUUGUAUGAGAUCGGUGUACGUUCUGGAACGACGCCUAUCGAUCCUGUUGUGUCUGACACGAAACGUUCGUCAGUUCCCAGACACCGACCACUAUCACAUAAAAUCACAUCAAUCGAACAUCAACAAUCGGAUGAGUUGAGUGAAUUGAUUGAUGAUGCUGGCAAGGAUAGUGCUGAGUCGAUUAAAACAGAUGACGAAGGGUCGAGAUCGAGAAAGAGUUCGUCAUCGAGAAACAGCAGUAAACCAAUAGCGCAACGACGAUCCUCAUCGAGAGGAACAAAAUCAUCGAAGAGGUCCGAGAUUCCAACACCGACACACGAGUUGCGUUCCAGAAAGAAGAAAGGCAGUGAAUAG